AUGGCUAGGCUCGCGCUGGCUCUGCUCCUGCUGCUGGCCGUGGCGGCGUCUUCCGCGUCGGCCGCCGCGGGGAGCCACCUGGACCUGGACCUGGACCUGGGCUUCCUCUCCUCCUCCUCCGGGGGCGGCGCGGGCCGCCGGAGGGAGUGCCGCGGCACGGUGGCCGAGUGCCUGGCCGAGGAGUCCGAGGAGGAGGGCCUGGACCUGGUCUCCUCCGCCGAGUCCCACCGCCGCGCGCUGUACGGCGGCGGGUACAUCAGCUACGGCGCGCUGCGGCGGGACAACGUGCCCUGCUCCCGCCGCGGCGCCAGCUACUACAACUGCCGCCCCGGCGGCCAGGCCAACCCCUACCACCGCGGCUGCUCCCGCAUCACCCGCUGCCGCGGCUGA